UAUACAUCCAAUAUAUAUGUUUUUAAUUCAUUAAUCUAUGCAUUUGAUGAUAGAAAUAUAAAUUUCAGACCAAUAUGGGAAGGAGGAGAGUACGAGGGUGAUGAAAACAAGCGACAAGAAGCUCUACGUCUAGCCAUUGAAUUGGGGUCUGAGUUUGUUGAUGUUGAGCUAAAGGUAGCUCGUGAUUUUUACAAUUCCAUUGGAGGGAAGAAACCUGUGAAUGUGAAGAUGAUUGUGUCUUCACACAACUUGGAAAAUACUCCAUCUGUGGAGGAAAUUGGUAACCUUGCUGCAACAAUUCAAGCUUCAGGGGCAGAUGUGGUGAAGAUUGUAACAACUGCUUUAGACAUCACAGAUUGUGCACGUCUUUUCCAAGUCCUAGUGCAUUCUCAGGUCCCAAUGAUAGGAAUUGCAAUGGGUGAGAAGGGAUUUAUGUCUCGGGUACUAUGCGCAAAAUUUGGAGGAUUUCUCACGUUUGGUUCAAUUGAGGGUGCUCCUGGGCAACCAAGUAUCACUGAAUUGUUGGAUUUGUACAAUUUUAGACAUAUUGGGGUUGCCACCAAAGUACAUGGUGUUAUAGGCAAACCUAUUAGUCAUAGCAAAAGUCCUCAUCUUUAUAAUGCAGCCUUCAAGUCUGUGGGAUUUGAUGGGGUUUACUUGCCUUUGUUGGUCGAUAAUGUCUCUGAUUUUCUUAACACUUGCUCAUCUCCUGAUUUUGUUGGCUACAGUUACACGAUUCCUCACAAGUUGGAUGGACUUAGAUGUUGUGAUGAGGUGGACCCUAUUGCAAAGGCAAUAGGAGCUAUUAGUUGCAUGAUUAAGAGGCCAAAUGAUGGAAAACUAAUAGGCUAUAAUGUUGAUUAUCUUGGAGCCAUUGCAGCUAUUGAGGAACAACUAAAAGAUUCCAUAUCUGGUUCACGUUCACCUUUGUAUGGUAAACUGUUUGUGGUUAUGGGAGCUGGUGGAGCAGGAAAGGCAUUAGCUUACGGUGGAAAAGAAAAAGGGGCAAGAAUAGUUGUUGCCAAUCGUACAUAUGGUGAGAAAAUGUUGUUAGUUUAGUUUGUUGAUGAAUUA